GAUUCAAUCGCAGCUGAAGUUGCCUGUUCCGACCAUCGGAUGCUGCGUUCUUUCCAGAACCCUGCCUAUCAGCAGCCUCUCUGCUCCGGACACAAGACGCGACACUGAGCAUAUUUCCAUCCCCGGUGCUGUCGCAUGUGUCUGUGAGAUGCCCGGUGGCCGCUGAUGGACAUUAUGUGGUUUGGCGUCGGCGACAUCUCCCAACACAGACCUGCCUUCGUGGGGCUUCGUGGCCUCGGCGCAGCCGCCAGCCAGCAGACUGUACUGCCCGCAGAGGACCUCGGACUGGUUUGGCACGAGCGACGAACAUGAGGCUUCCCUCGGCGUAACCGGAACCAUGCACAAGGGAGCGCGGCGGCGGAUCGACAGGGUUUCCGUGCACCGCGGGCAGGAGAUGCUCCACGGGGCGUCUGCUGGUGUCUGUCAGCUCCAGGGCGCGACGAGUCCACAGCCGCGGCCACGGGACACGACGGACUGCGCAUUCUAGACACGGGUCGACGCCUCGCACUCGCCGCCCAGUGGUGAUGGUCCCUCGCCCCGCGCGGCCGCUGGGACCGGAGGUCUCCUGACAGGACACGCGCGAGAGAGAAGAGGAAACGCAACAGGCUUCCCCGGGCGCCGUUGACAGAGAACUGGACCGGUGACACGACUGUCGCUUGGCCCGGUCUUCCUCUGGGUGGAUCGCCGCGUUUCAUGUAGACUGCAACGCGCACCCCGCCUCCCACAGUCCGGAGCACGAGCAGCCCGCAGCAGGUUCCUGGAGAGGAUUGGGAGGUGAGACGGCAAAUUACACCAACAAAGGGACCUUGCUCAAAAUGGAGCAAUGUGGAUUAAGGUUUUCCUGUUCGUUGUGAACUGCAAAAAGGAAGCAACCACGAGGACGAAGGAACAGCUAGCAGACGGAGGAGGUGGCGGGGGAGUGGUGGCUUUGGUGUUUGAAAAAAGGUGGUAUGGGUGGGGGGGCAUUCAGGAUGGCGAAUGGAAACGAGAGCAGCGAAGGGCCUCCUGGGCCCAUGGCAGCAGUGGUGGCUACUGCAGGAGGUAUAGUAGCAGAGAGUCCUUCUUCGGCUGUCUCCACCUAUAUCAAACUGGUGCUACUGGGGCUGAUCAUCUGCAUUAGUCUAGUGGGCAACCUGGUGGUAUCUCUGCUUGUACUGCGGGACCGGGCCCUGCACAAAGCACCUUAUUACUUUCUGCUGGACCUGUGCCUGGCGGACACCAUUCGUUCAGCCAUCUGCUUCCCCUUUGUGUUGGUGUCGAUAAAGAAUGGCUCAGCCUGGACCUACAGUGUUCUGAGCUGCAAGGUGGUGGCCUUCAUGGCAGUGCUCUUCUGUUUCCAUGCCGCCUUCAUGCUGUUCUGCAUCAGUGUAACACGCUACAUGGCUAUUGCACACCACCGCUUUUACUCGAAGCGCAUGACGUUCUGGACAUGUGUGGCAGUGGUGUGCAUGGUGUGGACACUGUCUGUGGCGAUGGCCUUCCCACCAGUUUUUGACGUGGGCACCUACAAGUUUAUUCGCGAGGAGGACCAGUGCAUUUUUGAGCAUCGCUAUUUCAAGGCUAAUGAUACACUAGGCUUUAUGUUAAUGCUGGCUGUGCUCAUUCUAGCCACACAUGUUGUCUACAUGAAGUUGCUCCUCUUUGAAUACAAGCACCGCAAAAUGAAGCCGGUCCAGAUGGUGCCGGCCAUUAGUCAGAACUGGACCUUCCAUGGGCCCGGGGCUACUGGUCAAGCAGCAGCCAACUGGAUUGCGGGCUUUGGCAGGGGCCCGAUGCCGCCCACUUUGCUGGGAAUCAGGCAGAACUUGCACAACCAGAACCGGCGCCUAUUGGGCAUGGAGGAGUUCAAAGCAGAGAAGCAGCUUGGCAGGAUGUUUUAUGUGAUCACCCUGCUGUUCCUGGUGCUCUGGUCUCCCUACAUAGUGGCUUGCUAUUGGAGAGUGUUUGUCAAGGCUUGCACAAUACCACACCGGUACCUCUCCACCACCGUGUGGAUGAGUUUCGCUCAAGCUGGGGUCAACCCUAUUGUCUGUUUCUUCCUUAACAAAGACCUAAAGAAAGGGCUCCUUUCCCAUCUACCAGCCUGCUGUAGGACUAAACCUCAUCUGCCACGAGAGCCUUAUUGUGUCAUGUAAGCAGAGAUGUUCUAAACAUGUAAAAAAAAACAAGGGCCAACCAACAGAUGUGUUGUAGGAGUGUUUACUUGAGUUAUCGUGGUGUUUGAUUCAAUGCAAGCUACUUUUAAGCAGUGGGUGUAAUGGUAAAAACACUGGAAGGGUGAGCAUGUAUUUUCAUCUACCAACCCCUUUUCACUCAAAACAAGAACAUAUAUGGAAUCAGAUGUUGACUUUUGAUAAGGAGAAAAAUACUUAAAUAUCAAAACAUGCAAUAAUAAUGCAGUCACUGUGGAAACCAAGCCAGACGAAUAACCACUUACAAAUGACCUACACUGCUUCAUAAAGAACAUCAAAAAACUGAGUUGCUACGAUGACAUUAAGAAUCCUAAGGGAGACAAAGAAGCAACCUUUUCAUGUCUAAAUUAAAAUUGUGUUACAUUAUUUUGCCAUGUCAGAUAAUGUUCUUUGUAUAGUGACAAGUAAGGUGAUGGUAAGGAAAUGAGGUGGACACACUGCUUAUUAUCUAAACCGCUUAGUCACGAGGAUGAUCCCUAACUGCACCUUUAGUAUUUUGCAACACUCCUUAAAAAAUAAAAUUGUAAGGAUCGGUGUGUAACAUUCAGCUUUUCUGACACAAUGCUCUAUCCAAAGACAGUCUGUUCAGUAAUUGACCCACAAACCCACAGAUAAUCAAGCAUACAUUUUUAGAAUCAGUAAUGUCAGCCCAUGAAGUCAGUUUUUAAGUUGUUAAUCACUUGAAAUUAUAAAAUAAAUUAUGUCCCAUUCUGGCUUUGAAAUCUGUUCAGCUUUCAGAAAAUGGGGGAGCUUGAACUUGGUAGAAGAAACAAAGGAAGAAUAAAAGAGUCAGUCUCUGAAUAUCAUGCUGGGGUCCUUAAAGGUCAGGGACCGGUUGGAUGGUUUAAACUGAUCGUAUGUUUAGGAUCAAUUAGAAGUGCUCCCCUGGAUGACUGUCACUGAACGAGGAACAUCCAAAGUGCUGAGCACCAGCUUUCAUGACUGAUUACAUAUUUUCUUUGAUCUUAUGUGUUGACCAUUUAUCAAUAUCUACUAUCUACUAUCUGUUCCGACGAUAUUUUUUCCAGACGACUGAAUAAUUCCCGCCACUGCGCAAGUUUUUCAUUCUGUGUGUCACUCGAAGACAUAAGAUAAAAACCCCUGAUCUGCUCAGUUAAUAGUCAGCAGAGAUUUCUCACUAACAGCAGCCUGUUAUAGCAUCUGAUCUGAAAGUGAACACAGUGCCCAGUUACAUAAAAUGUUUGUCAUUCAAUUUUCCCAACCUGAUCAUUGCACCUACAAGUGGUGCAAACGAGUAAUCCAACAGCUCUGGUCAAAGACUGAGGACGUCCUAGUGCGCUUUAUUUACCUACUAAUUCUAAUGUCCAAAUAUCAAUGAGUUAGUCGUGUAUGUGAUUCACUCAACAAGUCCAAAAAUAAAACAAAAGCCCAAACACUAUCAUGCCAUCUGCUAAUCAGAAGCACUUUGUGGGGUUAAAAAUCCAUUAAUUCAAUAAGUGCAGGGUAGCGUCACGUCUCACUCGUCAGCCAUCGUUCCUCUCAGAAGCAUGACAUUGACUGGUGAAUGUAUAUACAGUAUAUGCCUGUGUGUGUGUUGACAGUUGAAAUGAACAUUCAAUUAUUGAUUUUACUUGUUACCAACUCUUCUCUAUGUACUAACAGAAAAACACUUCUCCUGUGAAGUCUGGCGGCAGUAGAGAGAACGUAUGGAUGUAUGAAGCAGGUACGACUAAAGUAAUGACAGUUCCUACUUAAUAAACUUAGGUGCAGUGGAAGAAAAGAAGAAUGAUAAAAUAAAUCCUAACUGAAGUUAAAGUCUAAUGAAUUAGUUUUAUUAUUAUCUCCUGUCCGCUAAAAUGAUUUCCGUCUGAACUUCACUUCUCAGCACAGAGAACUAUGAAGUGUUCAUUAUUCUUGAUUUGAAUCUUGAUUAGAAUCCCUCUGACUCUUAAUGUUUUUAUCAUUGAAUCUGUCUGCUCCAGACGGGGCAGAAUGUGAUGAUCGAUUAACAGAUCAAAGUAAAAGGCACGCUGCAAAGUUUCAGGAAAAGGAAGGUGUCACAGACACGAGAAGUUGAGUUUCUGACGUCUUGGCUCAUUUUAACUUUCAGUGGAAAAAACCCUUUCCCACUGUGCGGGGGUUUAACCCAAAACCAUUUCACUAUCCUGGGCUGUGAAACAAACCUGCCAACAAAAACCUAAAUUGUAUAGAAUUCUUUAGGAUAAAGGACAAAUAACAAGUUACUUAUGAAAAAUGUAAUUUCAUUGAGUAGAAGUGAGGAAGGAUUGUGUAACUGGGCACUGUUAGCUGUAUCUAGCUCCUCGAAAAACUUAUUCAGGGACAGUUUCUAUCUAGCUUCAUGCGAAAUAUCAAGUGAAAUGUGAAAUACUCAAAGCACGCUCAUCCCUGAGUGCAGCCGUCAGGUUGGCCCCACAGGACCUGGGUCGCACAACUUUUCUCCAUUUCAGGCCUUUUGAAAUCAAAAUGAUGAGAUUCCGAAUCAAGGUGGACUUUUCUAAGAUGUUCUUACUUUUUAGGUACAACUGAUUCAGAAUUAAAAACCAAAAUUAUGAUACGAUCAUCAUCGUUAUUUGACCCAGACUACUGCAGGGAGGAGGAGGAUGAGGAUGAUGUAAAUCUACUGCUUUAAUUUUGCACAAAUCCCGAUAAAUCAAUUCUCGUUCCCCUCCGACGAGCACUGAAUGAAAAGGGCACAGAGAUUGUAAUUUGUCAGUGAAUGUCUGAAAACAUCACAGAGUCCCUGAGACUGCGUCUUUGGGAUUUGCCGCGCCCCCUCCGUCUCUGCUGUGGCAUUUCUGACGCAGCCAGUGACACAGCAUGCCAUGUUAUUUUUGUUUCCAGAAUUAUGGCCUUACUCCAUAAAAAAAAAACGUCAAACCAAUGCAACAAAGACUAGAGAAAAUGUGUCUCUUCUGUGUGCACCGGAGGCACCAGAACACUGUGUACACUCGGGACCAGAGACUGUGGUCGCGGAGAAAAGGGAACAUUCACAGGAGCAUGAGUGACUUUUCUAUUCCAGCCUGACGAUGUGAGUGAACUCCGCUCCGGAUUUUUGUGGAGUUCACUUUCCUCUCUGAUAUCAUCCUGGGGAGUGAAGGGGAGAUGACUGAUCCUUCCAUUUUUCAUUUCUGAGACCAAGCUGGAGAAGAGUGUCAACUCACAGUCGAUGCUGGACAGUCAGUGCUUUUUUAAGUUGCCUCAGGCAGAUUAUCUUUUGUAAAUGUACUGUGACCUCUGUACUAUAUAGUGUAUAUUCUAUUGACAGCAAAGAGUUGCUGAUCAUUGAAUUUUUACUGUGACAAUGCGUGCGCGCGUGUUGGUGUGUGUCAAGCAAGAGGAAGAUAUUGGAACGGAUACGUAUUGCAUUUUGAAGAUAUCAUUCCCUCAAAUAAUUCCUCAAUAUUUCUCACGUUGACCCUUUUUCUCAAACAAAGAUCUGAAUGUGUUUUCAAACGGAGGAAGUUUACUUUAAGUCCCUUUAAAAAAAUAAACAUGUAACAGAUUAUUAUUAUUAUUAUUAUUAUUAUUAAUUGGAUUAUUUGCACAUAUUUCGGGACAAUGAAGGUAAAAAGCUUACGAUAAAGCAUCCGGACAAACCAAAUAUGAUUGCAUACCCUGGCGUCUUUCUGAAUGUUUCAUUGAUUAAAAUUAUUAUGUCAAACUACACUUUUGAUGAUGAUAAAUAAUCCAAAAUUGUACAUAUAAAGUCCUUGGCAGUUCUAUUCAGCAGGAUGACAUAGAAAUGAUUUAGUGUGGUUCUUCUUCAUCAGUCCUAUCAGUGACAUCACCAGUGACAUCACCAGUGACAUCACCGACACUGACAAACCAAAUGGAUCUGAUUUUACGCAACCACAUUUAUUGAGUGGUUACCAUUGACAAUUUCUUUUCACUUUCAGCUUGAAACUGUGGUUCAGGGGAUCUGAAUGAACAGAGUUAAAGUAAUCUGAAUAAUGUUGCUUUCCACAGAGUCUGAUCAUCCGCUCGUCAGACUCUGAUUGUUGCCAGAUCCAAACGGAACCGACAGGCACCACUGCUCAAUUUACAAAGAAAUGAACCAGAAUGAUGCUUAAAUGCUUGUCUCUGCCACCUGUUCGGUCCGGAGAAGAGCAGCGUGAGGCUUUAGUUGCACUUAUGAAGCAGCACUGGAAACAUAUUGUCACAGCGGUAUGGAGUUCGACCAUCUGCUGGAUCCUGGAUCACACGGAGCUGCCGGCCUCUUUCUCACUGCAGGUUUGAUUCUGACAGUGAGUUUUUAUGAGCUGGUAAGGAGCUCCUAAAAUCCGAGAUGAUGGUAUUUCCUUAUCGUAGAAAAUACAACUGUGUGUGCUUCAGAUUGAAGGAAAUAUCAUCUCCCUGGAAUUGUCGACGCUUUGUAAGAAAGCACCCUCCAUUUUGGACUUGGCAACAUGAUCAACAUCUUCUAGGUCAAAGACAACUGAUGAUCUGAGUAAAGGCUUGUUUACAGAAACCUAACGUACUCGAUGUGAUGAUGGUGAGCUGUGAAUUGUUUGCUGGUGGGAGCAGGCCCAGGAUACCGAUCUGACAAAUGAAUGUCCACAUCAGUCUGAGGUCAGACGCGAGAGAAAAACAAAACAAGAUCACACAUCAGUCAUGAACAUACCACCACCGAGGUGCGGUCCGUGUGAAAGUCAUUUCCUCUUUCCGCUGGAAAUCAUGGGGCUGAGCUUUUGUGCAUGUAUAAGGCCGAUUUAUGAUUUAUAUUUGUUGUGGGUUUUGUUAUGAAAAUAAAUUUCAUCUGGAAUUAUCAGAAUAUUA